GAUCAGCGUGGUGUUCGUGCUCGACGGAUCGGGCAGCAUCAGCGAUGCGGACUGGAGGGACGAGAAGUCUCUUGUCAGCGGCGUCGCUCGGGGUCUGGAGUUCGGCCGCCGUGCCGCCGCCGCUGGGAUCGUCCAGUACACCAACACGGCAACGGCCGAGGUCAAUAUCGUCACCGACAAAGACCGCUUCCUCCGUGACCUCCAGGUUAUAAGGCAGAAGAAGGGAGGGCCGACCUACACGGACAAAGGCCUCAACGCCGCUGCCCUGAUGAUCCAGCAGUCCCGCAGAUUCAAUGCGGCUGGCCGGGUUGUCCUCCUGAGCGACGGCGACGCGGACCCCUUGGCCGAGGAGUCUGCCCUGAAGAUCGAGCAGGAGGGCGGGACGGUCCUCAGUGUGGCCGUGGGCCCCGACGCCGACAGGGAGCAGCUGAGGCGUCUGGCGAGCUCCCGCGAUCUUUUUUUCGAGGUGAGCGAUUUCAGCUCGCUGAAGGAGAUCAGGCGUGAGAUCACAAAGCUCACGUGCGACCCCGGCAAGAUGAAGCCAGUCGGUGCUGGAGGCAAGAGGUGGGAGGAGUUGUCCGGGCAGGAGUCGUCCGACGAGACCGAUUGGCUGUUUGUCUCCACCUCCUCGAACCCAGGGGGUGGUGGCGAUGGCGAUGCCGACCGUGAUGGUGACGGCGGAGACGGCAAGCAAGAUCAUGGUGGUGACACACCUGCGCCAACGAAGACUACCACGACGGAAACGACGACAACGGUGUCGGUCGAAGUAGACCCCGAGCUCGAGGGGGCGUGUGCCCUUCAGGAGACUCACAAGUACUUCAGGCUGCGCUACGAGCGCUGGAUGCUUCUUACUGCGCUGGGUGACCGACUCCAGUUUGAGAACGAGGGGCAGAUCUUGGACAAGUUUCGCCACUUCUCCGAUGCCGCCUCGGACGGUAUCUACGACAACAUCGCCAGCAACUGGACCUACGCGCGCUCCCUGGGCAAGCAGCUUCGCAAGGCCAGCGAUGAGGUCGACUUCCGUGCUGCGCGCGCCCUGCAGGCCGAGGUCCAGGAGUACAUCGACCUCCAGCUCUACAAGUACGAGGGCAGAGGGGGAUCCCCCGAGCACAACCAACAGCUGGCAGAGCUCACUGAAGACAUGUGCCAGCAGAUGCGCUCUUUCAUCCGGACUGCAAAGGCCACCGAGCGAUCGAUGCAGCUCUACCGCAAUGCAGAACCGCUGUGGAACUCGUGGCAGCAGGCAUGGGGUCCGGUGCGAGUUUUCGUGAAGGUCACUACCCAGUGCAGGCUGGCGACCCCGCCGGGCAUGGAUCCCAAGGUCUUCCUCCGCCCGAACUAUCCGGACCAGUGGGCCACGUGCAGUGGUGUGGAGCCCUGGGCCCCGAACCAGUUUCCUUCGGCAGUCAUGGCUUGUGCCCGGCCGGAUGGUGAGCACGUGAACAAUGGGGGGCCAGUGCUAGACCGCGACCGUAUCGUGCGCUACCUCGGCUGUGGCGCCAGCCGCCUGACGAGGUCACCCAGCGAGCCGCCGAUGACGCAGGGCGUCGCCGAAGGCUGCUCCCAAGGCAGUGAGGCCGCGGCCGACUGGAUGACAAACAUGUGCGGUCCAGGCUCCAUCCAGGACAAGAGCUGCCGCAUGUACGGCCCCUUCUGGGCCGUGUACAGCGCGCCGCUGGAGAACAUCUACGGCAAGAAGGACGGCGGCACGGGGAAGUGCGCUCUCACCGAGGAGGAGAACUGCGGGGAGAUGGCCCAGGCGGAGGCUUUCAAGGGCCAGGUCAAGCACAACUCGAUGGCGUACAUCUAUGGGGCCCUGCCACCGCUGCCCAUGUCCAAGGCGAGGGCCUGGAAGGAGUCGAAGACCCCGCAGGGCUGGGAGGCCGGCCUGGAGUUCCCGAUGCCAGAGGAGCGCCGCCUCGACCCGCCCAUGGCCGAGCUUCUCCGCGAGGCCGAGGUGGGUAACGGCAUCACCAUGAUCGCUUACGGUUACUCCGGCGCCGGCAAGACCACCACCCUGGUCGGCGACGCGGGGGCCCCCGUCGGGGGGGUGCACGGCAUCGACGGCGUCGUCUCCAUCUACCUGAAGGAGAACUCCGACAGGAUCAAGGACAUCAAGAUCAGGGUCGUGGAGGUCUACGGGCGCCUCGAUCCAGGAAACGGCCGCCUCAUGGCCGAGGAGGGCAGCGGUCUAUGGGGCUUCGAGCUGAAGAGCAAGGCGGCCCAGUACCUUGGGCCCAUCGAGUCGUUUUUCGGCGCGGACGGCCGCGUCGACUUCGGCAAGAUCGAUCAGACCCUGAGCGACCCCAAGUAUACUGUGAACCUGCGCGAGCUGAUCUCGAAGUCGACGAGCGGGCGCACGGACUGGGGCUCAGAGGUGAAGAUGAAGCUCACCGAUAUCGAGAACCUGCGCAUGAACCCGAACACGUUUCCGGCCCAAUCUGGCAGUAAGCUCGCUCAUAUCCGGGCGACCCCCAACAACCCCAAGUCUUCCCGUGGAACGAUGAUCAUAAUGCUCGACAUUGAGUUCAAUUCGGGGGAGACGGGCAGCGUCUCUGUAGUGGACCUGGCAGGUGCUGAGGACCCAGCCGUUCUCGUGGAGGGUUUCAUGAGUUUCUUUCCGAAGGAUGGCGUGUCAGAGUGCAUCACCAAUGCUGCAUGGACGCCAGGUGGCCCCAGCGCCUCGAAUGCGAAGCUCAUCCGUAAGUACAUGCACGAGAUGUCCAACAACGACUACCUCAACAACACCCUCAGCCCGUGCGUGAAGCUUCGCGACUUCCUGGUGCCUUGUGACAGGAAGAAACCCAAGCCGGAGUGCGUAGACAUUCAGCUUGGCAGCGGUAAGAUGGAGUUCGUGCGACCCGACCCAACAGCGGAUGAGGCGUGGACAUACAAGACUUUUCGGGAUGCCUCGACGGCACUUGACUUUACGUUCGAGACCAAUGGCCAGACCGUGGUGUUCAAAGAGGAGGAGGUCUUGGAAGCCAUGGAUGCUGGUGUGGUCUCAGGCACUGCGACGCUCAAGAAGUCCAGUAGUCUGGUGGGUAAAGACGAGUGUGGGCCCACGGAGACGGAACACUGUCCAGGCAGUUGGGUCGAACGUCUUUGGGGUCGGUGCGGGGAAGACGAAGACGGUAAGUGCGUGAGGGUUGGUGAGAUCGAUUCGAUCAUCAUCGGCCAGGAGCUGACCCCAGAGGACUUCGACUUCCAGAAGAAGUUCAAGGACUCGAAAACUUACAAGCGUGCGUGGCGGGGGAUCCCGAAGCACGUUGUCACCUUGUCGGGCAUGAAGAAGGGCGAGGCGUACCGGCGAGGCGACACAGCAGAGCUCUGGCAGAAGGAGCGAAAGCGCUUCUGGCGGGAAGUGCACGACUACCUCACGAAGUACGAGAACAAGGAGGCGGUGCUCAAGGACAAGUGGGACCUCCACCUGCAGUAUUUCGUCAAGGCCGUCGGCCCCAUGGUGCAGGAGUCGAUGUUCAUCAACGAGGUCCUGAACCAGAUGAAGAGCUACCUCGGGGCAUGGUCCAGUGCGAGCUCCCGCGCCCCCCCUGGAGCCAAGUUCGACCUCUGGCCCGUGGCCAGCCUGAAGGAGCAGGCGAAGACAGCCCAGGUGAUUGACGCCUCGCCAGACUCGCCGUACAUCCGGGACGGCUACGACCUCUACGGCUUCGUGAAGUCGUCCGACCCGGCCUACAAUGGCGAGAGCUACGCCGAGAGAACCGCCGAUGGCCGUGACGACAUUAUGAUGCUCUCGUUGCUCGAGUACAUGCGGAAGGGCGCCACCGACCGGGACCGCGAGGCGAAGGUGCUCUUCGGCGCCUUCAUCCGCACGGACCAGCCGGGGGCAGACCCGGACUGCGACGGGGCGCGCGUCAGCCUGGAGUUCGCGCAGCAGCUCUCCGAGGCGGUGGGCUGGAAGCGCGCCGAGGCUCUGCACCACCUGCGCUAG